ACAAGGGCGCAAAAAGAGCGAAGAAGAGCCUUAUCACAACAGACACGCGCGCCCAGACCAAGUGCGUGAUGGAGAUUUUCGUUCACCACCUCAUGCAGAAGGAGCUCAUUUGUGCUCUUUUGCUGGUUUUCGUUCCGCUGUCGUCCACGCAAGAAGGCUCGCAGGUAAAGAACGCUCAGUGUCACAACUACGCGGGAGGACACGUCUAUCCUGGGGAGGCUUCGCGUGUACCCGUGUCGGAUCAUUCCCUGCACCUCAGCCAGGCCAAAAUCUCAAAGCCUGCACCAUAUUGGGAAGGAACAGCUGUAAUCAAUGGUGAAUUCAAGGAUUUGAAGCUGUCAGACUACAGAGGCAAAUACCUCGUCUUUUUCUUCUAUCCUCUUGACUUCACGUUUGUCUGCCCAACUGAGAUCAUUGCCUUCAGUGAUCGUGUGCACGAGUUUCAGGCCAUUAACGCUGAGGUGGUUGCCUGCUCGGUGGACUCUCAGUUCACCCACCUGGCCUGGAUCAAUACAGCCAGGAAGCAGGGAGGACUCGGACCAAUGAAAAUCCCUCUUUUGUCAGACCUCACUCACCAGAUUUCUAAAGACUAUGGAGUCUACCUGGAGGAUCAGGGCCACACACUGAGGGGACUUUUCAUUAUCGAUGACAAAGGCGUCCUGAGGCAGAUCACCAUGAACGAUCUCCCGGUUGGACGAUCCGUGGAUGAGACACUUCGGCUGGUUCAAGCCUUUCAGUACACCGACAAACACGGAGAAGUGUGUCCAGCUGGAUGGAAACCAGGCAGUGACACAAUCAUUCCUGACCCUUCCGGCAAGCUGAAGUAUUUUGAUAAACUAAACUGAUUGAAGACCUUUUUGAAAUUCAAAUAAAAUGUUUUAUUAA